GGAAUUGGCUUCGUUAUCUUUCUUUUUUUCCUCCCGUAGCGGCGCUCAACUGUCAACUACGGAUCUGCGAACAGAACCUGCGCUUCUUUGUCACGCCCCGGGGAACAUGUUACAAGCCGCGACGGUCACCGCGAUAUCCCGAAAUAAAACCCCGUAUUUAUAGACUUUCUGUCAGUACUGUAGGACAUCUGAUCGGUCAUAAUCAGAAGCUGCUACUUCCACCCGUCUAAAUGUGAGCAUUGCUUCAGCCCGGCCGCACCGCGUGGAAGGAGGGAUGCCGGUGGAGAGCGGGAGCAGCGCCGGCGCCGCCGCCCGCCAGGCCAAGCAGAAGAGGAAGUCCCACAGCCUGUCCAUCCGCCGGACCAACAGCACGGAGCAGGAGCGCUCGGGCCUGCAGAGGGACAUGCUGGAGGGACAGUCCUCUGAUCACCUGGAGUCCCUCAGCAGGACCGAGCAGGACUCCAAGCUGCCUCCGUCUCUGAGGACCAACCUGCUGGACCUGUUCACUCAGAUCGAGAGAGAGUUUGAAAACCUCUACGUAGAAAACCUGGAACUGCGCAGAGAGAUGGAGACGCUGAACGAGCGGCUGUCGGCCGACGGGCAAACCGCCGAGGGGGCCGACCUGGCCAAAGGGGCGCUGAAGACCAAAGCGAGUCACAGCACCAGCCAGCUGUCCCAGAAGCUCAAGACCACCUACAAGGCCUCCACGAGCAAGAUCGUCUCCAGCUUCAAGGCGACCACGUCCCGCGCCGUGUGCCAGCUGGUCAGAGAGUACGUCGGCCACAGGGACGGCAUCUGGGACCUCAGCGUCUCCAGGACUCAGCCCGUGGUGCUGGGCACGGCGUCAGCAGACCACUCGGCCAUGCUGUGGAGCAUUGAGACGGGGAGAUGCCUCCUGAGAUACGCCGGGCACCAAGGAUCAGUGAACUCCAUCAAGUUCCACCCGACGGAGCAGAUGGCGCUCACAGCGUCCGGGGACCAGACGGCGCACAUCUGGAGGUACAUGGUGCAGCUGCCCACGUCGCCGCCCGCCGCCGAUGUCACGCAGCAGACGCCCUGCGAGGACGACGCGGACUCCUCGGACAAGGACGAGGCCGACGGCGAGGCCGAGGGUCCCAGCGAGUGCCCCUCCCUCCGCGUGGCGAGCACCACCCUGCGCAGCCACCAGGGCGUGGUGAUCGCCGCCGACUGGCUGGUGGGCGGCAAGCAGGCGGUGACGGCGUCCUGGGACCGAGCCGCCAACCUCUACGACGUGGAGACGUCCGAGCUGGUCCACUCGCUCACUGGCCACGACCAGGAGCUGACCCACUGCUGCACUCACCCCACCCAGCGCCUGGUGGUCACCUCGUCCAGGGACACCACCUUCAGGCUGUGGGACUUCAGGGACCCGUCCAUCCACUCGGUCAACGUGUUCCAGGGACACACCGACACGGUGACGUCUGCCGUCUUCACGGCGGGGGACAACGUGGUUUCCGGCAGCGACGAUCGAACCGUCAAAGUGUGGGACCUGAAGAACAUGAGGUCGCCCAUAGCAACCAUCCGCACCGACUCGGCCGUCAACAGGGUCAGCGUGUCGGUGACCCAGAGAAUCAUCGCUCUGCCUCACGACAACCGGCAGGUCCGUCUGUUCGACAUGGGGGGGGUGCGUCUGGCUCGCCUCCCACAGAGCAACAGGACGGGUCACCGGCGCAUGGUGUGCUGCUCGGCCUGGUGUGAGGAGGACACCGCCUGCUGCAACCUGUUCACCUGCGGCUUCGACCGGCAGGCCAUCGGCUGGAGCAUCAACGCCGCCGCGCUGCUGCAGGAGAAGUGACCCCCCCCCACACCCCCCAAGAGUCUGUAGUGGUUUCUGUAAGUGAGUUUCCUUUUUUCAAAGGGAUUCUCCGUGUUUGUGAUGGACGACUCGUGCUGCUGACCUCAGAAACAGCUGCUCGGUUGGUUAAAUUAAGGUAAAACACUAGAAUAUAAAGAAAAUAACUUCAAUUAUUAUCCCAGUUCUUUGCUACUCUUGUUAGUGUAGAAAGGGGCUUGAUGGAGGUCACUUAUAGCAGUAAAUAAUCAGACUAGUGGACCCCUCUGUGUUCUAGAUGUGAAUCCAUCAUCAAUGGGAACUACUCAAGUCACAUUUUAAUGGCUCUAAAACUCUAAAAUGGUGCAAUUUAAAUGUCAUAAUGACAUCAAAGUACAAACGUUGUGUUCGGUAGACAAAACUCAUUGAGACACGAUGAUGAAGGCACUUUAUUACUGUGUGUGUGUGUGUGUGUGUGUGUGUGUGUGUGUGUGUGUGUGUGUGUGUGUGUGUGUGUGUGUGUGUGUGUGUGUGUGUGUGUGUGUGUGUGUGUGUGUGUGUGUGUGUGUGUGUGUGUGUGUGUGUGUGUGUGUCCAGUAAAAAGUGUUUCCACAGAGUAGAAAACUCUUCGUUUUGCCACAUUGUUAAAAUACAUUUUGUGAAAAAAGGGCACAUUGUUGCAUUAAAGAAUAAAUAAAUGUAAAAGAACAAACUAGUGAUAACUUGCCAAAAUGUAAAGUGUCUGUUACAUUAAACUGAUAACAUUUCAUCUUAUAAAUUGUAAUAUAUAUAAAAUGAGUAGGUCUUGGCUGUACCUUUUUUUAUUAGCUUUUCUAAGUUUAGUUUGAAUAAACGUGUUUUCGGUUCUUAUGUCUCUUUGAGCCGAUGACACAGAAUAAUAAAGACAAACGUAAAUGUUGUGUACGUGUGUGUUUGAGUAGUUAUUUGCUCAGAAGGGAAUUUCGGAUCAGCUGCAAUGAGCAAAUGUUUCAAACAUUGUUUGUUUGUUGCCUAAAUGACGUCGUUCUGUUUGUAACGUUCUCUCUCAGUGAAACAAACAAACAAACAAAACACCAAUAAACUGCUGUUUGAACGCU